CACCGAGGACGGUUUAAGGCGCACAAGAACCUCGUGGUGAAACUACAACUUCCUCGUACGAGAAACACGCACCUCGGCCAUAUUGGAAAUAUUGGAUGUCUCUGUUACACAAGGGCUCAAAAGUAGCCGUGAAAUUUUCGCAUAAUCCUCGACGACAAGAGGAUAAUAGACGCAAUGGAGAACUCGUACAGCAUUACGGUAACAAACAAAUUUUUGUUGGCCUUAGACGAGGACGAAGAUCCCCUGGAAGUGCUUAAAGUACGUGAACAAGAGAAAGAGGCUAAGAAGAAAGAGAAAUUGUCGGAAAAGGAGAACAAGAGCAAGCAACCGGAGGGACAGAAAUCUACCGGCGUAAAGGCACAAAAAAGUCGCGUUAUCAAGGAUGUUCAACAACAACCAGCCAAGGUCCAGGAGGUGAAAAAGGAGCAAGGUGAGAAAAAACCUGUGCAGCAGAGAACGUCAACGGGCGGAGAUCGCAACGUCAAGUUCUCUGGUGAAUCCAGGGAAGAACGUAAUAAUCGUCGCAACCGAGAAGAUGGAGAUCGACCACCACGUAACCAAGGCGGAGAACUUAGGCGAGGACCGCCAGGAGGUGGUGAAGGCCGUGACAACCGCGAAUUCCGAGGCUCCGGUGAACCCCGCGGGGAAUUCGGUGAGCGUCGUGGACGCGGUGGUAUCCGCGGUGUCGGAGGUGGCCGAGGUCGUGGUGGAUCGCGCGGUGGCCGUGGCGGUUUCGAUAAUCGCGGCAAGCGUGAAUUCGACCGCCAGUCCGGUUCUGAUAAGACCGGGCAACCGAGCAGGCAUGGUUACAGCGGUGUCAAACCAGUCGACAAGAAGGAUGGCGCUGGAAGCCAUAACUGGGGAACGCAUAACGAUGAAAUUGAAGAGAGUCUGAACCCGGAGACUCAAGAAUGGGGAAACGAUAAACCGGAAGGUGGUGAAGUACCUCCAGUAGCGGCGGAGGGAAAAGAAACUGAGGCAUCUGCGGACACGUCGGCGGAAGAAAAGCCGGUUGAGGAGGAGGCUCAGGUGUUGACCCUCGACGAGUGGAAAGCUCUGCGAAGUACUCGCGCGAAACCGCAAUACAAUUUGCGUAAAGCGGGCGAGGGCGAGGAUCUUACGCGCUGGAAGAAAAUGUAUGCUCUCGAGAAGAAGAAAGAGGGAGCCGAAGAGGAGGAAGAGGACGAGGAGGAAUACGAUGUCACCGCGGAAUAUCCUCAACGCGUCGGAAGGCAAAAGCACGUUUUGGACAUCGAUAUCCAAUUCAGUGACUCUCGGCGCGGUGGUGGCGGUCGCGGAGGUCGAGGUGGUCGCGGUGCUCGUGGGGAUCGUCCCAAUCAGCGUGGCUUCGGUGGUAAUCGUGGAACACCGCGCGAUGCCGCUCCAGGCGAGCCUCGCACUGGCGGAUUGCCCGAUACUGCCAAGCCGGUGUCACAAGUUGAACAAAGGUCGCCCCGUGGUCGUCAAAACGCCCCGAAGGUUGACGACGAGCACGAUUUCCCAUCAUUGGGUUAGAGAGACAAUCGUGCAUCGUCUUCUCUCCGUGUCAAGAUAACACGGAAUCAAACAAAAAAAAGAGAGAAAAGCGAAGAAGAGGAGGAAAAAAAUAGGAAAGAAGGAAGAAAAAGCAAAUACAAACAAAAAACAAAAGUCCCACCACCACCAGCAAGAAGCCAUCAUCUGUUGUACCACAUACCAGCUAUUAUUACUUGUACUAUUCUACUACUCUACUACUACUACUACUACUUCUACAACUACUACUACUACUACAACAAAGGAAGAAAGAAAGGAAAAACAAGGGGAGAGGGGGAAGAGAGAGAAAGAGAGAAAUCCAUAAGGAAGUCUAUAUUCAUCAAUAGGCUCGAAAAACAUCGAUAAUAAUCAGAUUAUUAUUGCAUAAUACAGUAUGCCUUUGCAGAAAUUGAGAAACCACCUAUGGAGAAAAAAAAAACAAAUUAAUUGACCGAGAAAAAGAAAGCAAACGAGUCAGUCUCGAAAUCCGAAACGUAAAAGAUAAACAAAGCGCUUGCGAACAACUGGACACAUCGAUAUAACGCGACGAGAACCGUAUCUUUAUCGUCUCAUUUAUUUUUAUUUAUUUUUUUUUUCUUUUCUUUUUUUCCAAUUCCACAUCAAUUCGAACAGAUAUAUAUUUCUUUCGAUCACCUUUGUCGAGUCGAAGCUAAUUCGAUAAUUAUUGUACCAUGGUAAAUGAAGUGAGAGAGAGAGAAAGGGAGAAUACGUGCGAGUGAGCGAAAAAUCGAGAAUGCGAUCUAUUUCCAAUAUGCAUGCAGUAGCGAAUCGAUGGAUGAUGAGAACAGUCAUAUUUUCAAAUAUUAUCAGAAGCAGAGGGAGAAAGAAAUACUUUUUUCUUGACUCUCUUACGCUAAAACCAAUAACGAUUGCGAUUUGGACUAAACCGAGAGGGGACAUAUAUUGAUGGACAAAUGUUUAAUUGUGAGAGAGUGCGAGUGUGCUUGAGCGCGUGAAUGUUGGCCGAAAUAAAAACAAAAUAUGAAAAAUAAAAUCGAAUUUUACAAUGUUUGCUAGUUUUUCUUCAAACAGCGCUCGAGGUUUUUCAUUUACUCUUUUCGGAUUUUUUUUGGUCAUUUUCCUUUUUUCCAUUCUUUUUUUUUUUCAAUGCGAAAUGUUGCUGGCCUAAGACGAGAAAUGGCGAUUUGGUCACCCGAUACGUAACGAACGUGUGUGUUGUGUGAAUGUAUUUGUGUAUAAUACUCUUUUGGUAGACGUACACGUUGAAAAAAAAAAUGUCCGAACUAGAAAUUCACCCGCCGGAACCCAUGCUUUGAUUUAUCAUUUUUAUACAAUGUUUGCUGAGGCUUUCCUUCGCGUGAGUGGCAAAAUUUUUUUCACCAUCUUUUCCUCUUUCUCUCUCUCUCUCUCUCUCUCUCUCUCUCUCUCUCAAACACACUCUCUGCUGUUUCUGUCUCCGACUGAGGACUCGGAGAAGGCAUUUCCAAUGAAUUCGUUCGGGAUACAGUCGAUAUCUCAAGACUUUUCUAGAUAGGUAGGCGAAAUUUUUUCACUCAUUUCUCCAAUUGUUUUUUUUUUUUUAGAAUUUGAAUAAUUGUCAAACGACCAUGAAUCUUGAAUUUGUCGAUACAUAAAUCUUUCGAAAUACAAUUUAGAUUCGGGCUCUGACGUCGAGGAAUUUUAUUCCGAUUUUUUUAUACCGAUCAAUUUUUUUCGUCGUCUAGUGGAAAAAUCGUAGAAGGUCGAUGGAAGAAAAGGGAGAGAGUAUGAUGAAAUAAAAAAGAAAAAUCAAAUUCAUCGAGAGAGAGAGAGAGGGAAUCCCGUUCCUCUUAUUCCCUUGCACUCUGCAUUUCCGUGACUUCCGGGGAAGAGUUUUCUAGCGAAAAUAAAAAUGACCAAACACGAAAUAAAAGAGACGUUGAUUUAAUAGUUCUGACUUGAACGUUUUUGUAGCGACUCCCACCAGUGAGACAUUCGAAUCGUCAGGUGAAGCUGAUGGAAUUACAAUUUAAUUAUGCUCGACCAUCGAUCGUCCUCUUAAUUACGAAAACGAAUACCACGAGAGUGAGGGAGAGAAAGGAAGAAAGAGAUAAAGAAAUAACGUACGGCUAUAUUAGUUAUUUACUAUGUUUGUUAUACUUGAAGAUGAAAAGAAAGGGAAAAACGUAAGAGAGAAAGAAAAGAAAAUAAACCAGCCAAAAAAACAUUAAAAGAAAUACAAGCGAAAUCGAAUUUACGCUCUCUCCAACAACGGACGAUGUUACACUUUCCGAAGCUUAGGUAUAUAUGUAAAUAACAUAAUAUUUACAAUAAAUUGUGACAAGACUAGUUAA